AUGGAAUACAAGGCCCCCUACAAGCCACCUCUUAGUUACAUAUGCGAGGGUCUGAAAGAUAUGGAGCUUGAGGAGGUGAUAUGGUGUGGCGAAGCUGAUACUCCGCAGGACCGCAUCUGCUGCCUAGUUGCUGCGGUUAUUGCGCAAGCAUUCUCUUAUAUAGUUAGGAUUAGGGUAGAGUAUGGUUGCGUGCCUAAUGAUCCUAGGACAGUCUACUACUUCCUAUUUGUCCUAAAGGGUGAUGUCGGGACUACCACUAGAUGGACACUAGAUCCAGAUAUCGCGAAUCGCUUGCAUCUAACAGCUGUUGGGCAGAUGCUAGCAUUCAAUCUCCAGGCGCUGAAGACCCCCCCGCGGGGUCAGCAGUGGAGGGCCCAGGCUGCCAAUCAGCUGAGCAGCUGGGAAGUCGUGUAUGAAGACCUGCUGAAUACUAUUCCUCCAGAAGACGCACUAUCAUCAGAGUACCAACCGCCUCGUCAUAGCGAUUUUCUUCGGAUUUCUCCUGUCUGGCUGCGACCAAGACCAGAUUAA